AUGAAGGCUUCAGUCAUUGUGCUGUUUUUUUCUAGCCUCUUUGGGCUGAAUGUCAGCGUCUACAGGCAUCACUUUCUCGUGGACGAGGCUUUGACAUUUCAAGAGGCACAGCAGCGCUGCAUACAGGCCUUUGAUUACCUGUCCACUGUCAGAAGUAAAGAUUUACAGGGUUUAUCUUCCAAUCCUCUCAUUCAAGGCAAAUCUUUUUGGAUUGGAGUACAGAGAGACAGCGCAGGCAAAUGGAUAUGGUCAGAAGGUGGAGAAGCAAUGAUUACAUUUUGGGAAAAUGGAGAACCUGAUGGUGAUAAAUGUGGUGGUGUCGAUACAAGUACAUUAACUCUGUAUGCCAGACCCUGCGAUAUCCAUUUAAAAUUUUAUUGUAUGAAGGUCUAUGAGCUGAUUGUGGUGCAUCAGAGAAGCACAUGGGAAGAGGCCUUGGAAUACUGCAGACAAAACUACAUUGACCUGGCCAUAAUAAACUCAGAAGACAUCAUGGAAGAAGCAAAGAUUAAUAGCACAGUAGCUGAUACAGAUGAAGUGUGGACUGGUCUGCGUUUUCUAGCCGGUCAUUGGUUUUGGGUAAACGGAGCUGGUUUUAGUUAUAACGUCUGGUCUUCAGAUGGAGAGAUCCAGUGUCCUGCCAUGAACCAGCGCUGUGGGGUUUUUGAUAGAACGCAGGGGGUUUGUAAACCCACAGACUGUGAGAGGAGACUCAACUUUCUCUGCAUCAAGAAGAAAUACAAAGACUGA